AUGGAGUCAAGUCCGACUGUCGAGGCAUCAUCUGGGCCCGACACCCGCCCCGGCCACACAGGCCACAUCAACGAGCACUUGCGAGCCCGUGAGAGCCGAAGGGCCUCGGCCAAAACGACGCCCAUGCCACGCACAGAAGCGCUGGGGACUCGGCAUCUUUGCCCACCUGCGGGCCAUAAAAGCGCAUUCGACCCCCGCGCGCGAUGGCGCCGCCCGCCGCUUUCGGGACCAGUUGACCUUGAGAGUCGAGACGUCGACGCCGCGAUCCUGAAGAUUGACUCAACCUCCCGCCGCUGCAUCCUCUUGCGUGUCUCAACUAGACCCUGA